UGCCGACGCACGCCGAGGUACAGCCUCGUGAUCGAGCACACGGAAGCCGUUCAGCGCCCCCCGCGAGCCGGACUGACGCUGGAACUCGGCCACAUCGCGACCACCCUCCCCUUUCCGUUGUCGUUGUGCCGGACAUUGCGUUGCUAUGUUCAGCCUCUUCACCCUCUGCCACCUCGCCGCCACGUCUCCGCACAAGACGGUUUGCGACGGACGAGCGUGCCGUCCGGGCGAGGGAAAUGCCCAGGGCAUCACACACGGCUCAAACCCAUACGAUAUCCGAGGCGGGUCCCUCAAGUUGAACCCUCACGAGCCGGACCCCGCCUCGCCGCUGUACGCACCGCUCGCGGCCGCGGCGAAAGAUGCUGCUUCCAAAGGACUAGUGUACAUGUGCGCCGCCGAUUAUGACUUCCGCGAGAUCGCGAGCAAUUGGAUGCGAGCAUUCGUGAGGCUCGGCCUAAAGAAUGCUCUCGUGUACGCUCUCGACGCCGAGGCGCACGCGCACCUGACAGCGCGAGGCGUUCGCAGCGUCGACGGCUCGCUUGCCAUGGCCGACUUCAAUCGCACGCGGCUGGCGAGGCACAUUCAGCGAGCAGAGGCGGAGCGGCACCUCGCCGCCGCCGCCGUGGCGGCGAGCGGCGUCGACGUGCUCCUGAUGGACUGCUCUCACGUGCUGCUGCGCGACGCGGCACCGCUGCUACACGAGGCUGCGCAUUCGGUCGACGUGAGCGUCCCUCGCGGCAACUGCGACGGCAGGACGACGCCUCGCUCGCCGGCGGGCUGCAACCCGAACUGGUCGCUCGUCUGGCUGCGCGGCGCGGGCAGCGCCGAGCAGCGCAGCCGCGCCGUGGCGCACCAGGUGGCGGGCGUGCGGCUCGGGAUGGUUGACUUCUACCUGCGCUGGUGGAACGGGGCGCACUGCAUCCUCAACGGCUUCGGGAAGCUCUUCUCCAACAGCAGGCCCAGCCUCGACGACGCGGCGGCGGGGAGCACCGCCGUCGUGACGAUGCCGGGCGGCCCUGCCGGCGGGACCCGCGUCGGCCUGCUGCCGCUCUCCUUCUUCGACUCGCCCCUCCUGUACGGCCAGCAGAAGCGGAGCGGCGCGGCCAUCGAACGCGCCGCCAAGCCGGCGCAGAGAGACCGCCUGCGGCUCGACCGCUAUGACGAGCAGGACUUCGUCGAGCUCGUCUCGGCGAUGAAGGAGAACGGGCUCUGGUUCCUGUGAGGCGCUGCGGCUUGGCGCCUGGAUGUCACACUCGAGUGGCCAAACGGCGAGCCGAGGGCCGAGUCCGUCAGUCCGAGGGGUCCGCGCGCCGCGGCUCUCGCUUGCCGCUGGGCCGGUGUUUUUCUGUGCGGCCUGUGCGCGCUCUAGCCCAGGUGCCAGGCCAGGCGUGGGCACAGCGCGCGCUCCAGGGCUGUCGAGAGAGCUGACGGUCAGCCUGACCCGCAGCUCCUCUGACUCACUCUCAAAGAGCGGGAACUGUGACAAGAGU